AAUAGGAAGGGGGGAGGAAAACGACGAGCAUGAACUACCCGCUAGCAAUAACUUCCUCCACGAAGGACAUUUGGACGAGCUCGUCCAUCAUCUACUACGAGCGGCUAAAACACAUGUUUGGUUGGUGUACUAUUCACAUUAAAGGAAUGAAAUACUAUCUUCAUUAUUUUUCUUUCAAGUUUUCUAAUCAAUACCGUCUCAUGCUCCGUUGCCAUCUUUACCUUUGACUAUGUAUGAGACACAUGUAUUCAUCAUAGAAGUUGGUUGAAGCAAACUCAGCCAAAGGAAGGUAACGAAGAUUUGACAGAAAUACGAGACUAAAUACUUUUCAAGCUAGGGAUCUCCUCCAAAUCUGGUGGCAUGGCAAGGAAUUGAAAGAAAUACAUAUAUACCAUGUGUAGUCGGUCACAAACAUAUAUUGCUCAUAGUGAUUGGUGAAAUGAAACCAAAUUUAUAAAGUAGAAUUGCUUUUUUGGGGAUAUAUAACUUAACAACAGAGGGCUGCUAAUUAACAACGGUGAUAACAAAGACAUGCAUAUAGACCGUCUUUUGUAGUUUUCUACGCAUGCAGCUGGUACAUAUUAAUUUAUUCUUUCGGUGGCAUCGAUCGAUCGAAACAGCUUACACAGGGCCAAUAUUAUUGUUAGGAUCCCAAUAAAAUUUGAUGAGAAGUAAAUCAAGUAAUCAACUGCUGCUUCUAAAAAAUAAUCAAUCAUGACCACCCUCCCACAAUCAAACAAUAAUAUUCCUCCAAUAAUUAUACAUCAUCCUGCUCUUGUCCGUAAAAAGGCAACGGCAGUAGUAGUAAGGCCAUGGCUACUUCUAGAUUCCACUGGCCACGCUCAAAUCAUAGAAGCCGGGAAACACAUUAUCAUGCGUCGCACGGGUCUGCCCCUUCGUGAUCUCCGGAUACUUGACCCCAUCCUGUCAUACCCGUCAACGGUGCUAGGAAGAGAGAGAGCAAUAGUCAUAAACUUGGAACAUAUAAAGGCUAUAAUAACAGCACAACAGGUUUUUUUGUUGAAUUCUAAGGAUCCUUCUGUUGCUCCUUUUGUCGAUGAGCUUCAGCGUCGUAUUUUAUGUCAUCAUCAGGCUAUCACUGCUACUUCUGAUCAUGAGGAAAUGGUGGAUGGUGAGCCACGAUCAAGAGAAGUUAGUUCCCCAAGAGUCGGCACGAGUAUCGCAGGGAGUGAUGGUCAGGAGGUAAAAGCUGAUGGAAAACAUUCUUUUGAGAAACAAGAUGGGCCAAAACUGCUUCCAUUUGAGUUUAUUGCAUUGGAAGCGUGCCUUGAAGCAGCUUGCGGCUCCUUGGAUAAUGAGGCUAAAACAUUGGAACAAGAAGCACAUCCAGCACUUGAUAAGUUGACCUCAAAGAUUAGUACUCUUAAUUUGGAACGUGUUCGCCAGAUUAAAAGUCGUUUGGUUGCUAUUACAGGACGUGUUCAAAAGGUUAGGGACGAGUUAGAGCAAUUGCUAGAUGAUGACGGAGAUAUGGCUGAAAUGUAUUUGACUGACAAGCUGGAGGAACUGCUUGACAAUUCUUCGUCUUCUUUUGUUAACGAGGAAGAUGCCAUUGAUGAAGAGAUCCUUCAAACAAAAAUUGAUGAUAGAGUUGCUACCGAGAGUUUAAUAGAUGUGAAUGUUGAUGAACAUCUUUAUCGAGCUGAUACAAUUGGGAGAGACAGCCAAGGGACCCGAACUAGUACCACACGAAGUGGUAAUAGCAAGCACUUUGAUAUCGAGGAACUUGAAAUGCUCUUGGAGGCUUACUUCGUUCAUAUUGACGGUACUUUGAAUAAGCUGUCCACACUGAGAGAGUAUGUUGAUGACACAGAGGAUUACAUUAACAUAAUGCUUGAUGACAAACAGAAUCAUCUUCUGCAGAUGGGUGUUAUGUUGACAACCGCGACUCUGGUGGUGAGCACAUUUGUGGUGGUUGCGGGAGUGUUUGGGAUGAAUAUUACUAUUGAUAUGUUUGAUGAUAAAACUGAGGCACAGAGGGAAGUUGGUAUGCCUAAGUUUUUAUGGACUGUAGGCGGUGGUGCAACGGGUAGUAUCUUUUUAUACUGCAUCGCCAUUUUCUGGUGCAAGAGCAAACGGCUUUUGGAGUAAGCGCUCCAAAGUCUCAAAGAACAACCCGUGUAUGAAUGAAUAUAUGUAUGUAUACUAUAUUAUAAAGCAGAUUUUCCUUAGAUU